AUGAAGAUCAGUGCCGCAGAGACAUGCCAAGUGCCAACUCAAAAUAAUGAAAUCUUUAACACAAGUCAAUCGGUUUUCUUGUUUGAAGAAAUACUUCACUUCAAAUGUAAAGAUGGGUUUGAAACCAUUAAAAAGGCCACAAGUGACCAUGUAGUAUGCACAGAGAAUGGAUGGAGUCCAAAUCCUGAAUGUCUACCAAUACAUUGUGAUGGUUUCCUUCUGGAGAAUGGGCUACUUGACCCUAGAAAGAACCAAUAUCAGCAUGGAGACGUGGUGACAUUUUCCUGCCGCGGAAACUACAAAAGAGUUGGGCCUGACUCUGCCCAGUGUUAUCAUUUUGGAUGGUCUCCACAGCCCCCAACAUGUAAAGAACACGUCGAUCCUUGUCAGCCACCCCCUAGCAUUGCGGAUGGCAGUAUUAGCGGUGACCUUCAGGAAGAAUAUGAACAUGGAGAAAAGGUGGAAUACAAGUGUAAUUUUGGAUUUACAAUGACUGGAUCAAAGUUGAUUGAGUGUUUGGAUGGACAGUGGACAUCUUUACCACUCUGCAAAGAGGAGCCCAGAACUUGUGAAGUACCUCCAAAUAUUAGAAAUGGACGCCCUGCUAGUGUUGACUCAGAUAGAUAUCUGCAUGGCGAAACUGUGGCAUAUGAAUGUAAUGAAAGAUUUUACAUUGUUGGAACUAAAGAAGCUGUGUGUCUGCAUGGGCAGUGGGAGUUACCAUCAUGUGUUGAUGUUGCAGCAAAAUGUACACGUCCACAGAAUGCAGAGUUUGUACCAUAUGCUUCUCUGGAGAAAAAGUUCAUGCACAACAACGUUGUAACCUACACCUGUGGUUCCAAUCAACAUAAAACAAAAUGUGUUAAUGGAAAAUGGUCACCUGAGCCAGAAUGCAUAGGCACAGUUUUGCAUGCUAUAUACAAAUGCAUGGUUUCUCAACUUGAAGGCACAGGGUACAUUUGCCCUUCUGCAUCCCUGUCUGAGAGCACCAUCCCUGGAGCAUUCUGUCCACCACCACCUCAGCUUCCCAAUGCCAUUGACAUAACUGAUACGAGAAACUAUAAGAGUGGUGAGGAGAUAAGCUUCAGAUGUCAGGAGAACUUCUUUCUUCAAGGGCCACAAAAAAUAAAAUGUGACAAUGGAAAGUGGCAAACCCCACCACGCUGUUUAGUUUCAAGAUGUGGAGAUCCCCCUGCAAUUGCCCAUGGUGAGGUAAAUAAUAGAUCCCAGAGAAAGUAUCUUUCUGGUGAAAGUGUGGAGUAUCAUUGCCAUGAAGGUUUUGAACUUGGGGAAUCAAGUACUUCAACAUGCGAAAAUAGGGAGUGGUCCCCACCGCCAACUUGCAGAGAAAAGUCGUGUGGGGAGCCCCCCAUACUCAUUGAUGCUGCAUAUGAAGGAGUAAUAAAAAAUCGCUAUAAGUCUGGGGACCUGAUACCUUUCAACUGUGCACCAGGUUAUGCUACAGAAGGACCACGGAAUAUUACAUGCCACAAAGGAAAAUGGUCGGAAGCUUCAACCUGUGAAGAUGCAAUAUGCGGAGAGCCCCCUGCAGUUGCCAGUGCUGAUAUUGUGGCGGGGACAGCAGAGAUCUAUCUGCCUGACGACGAGGUGCAUUAUCAGUGCCAUGAAGGUUUUGAAAUCUCUGGAUCGCCUAAUAUAACAUGUCAAAAUAAAGAGUGGUCACAACCACCGACAUGUGUAGAUGUAACAUGCCCUCCCCCACCCCGGGUUUCUAAUGGUCAGAUUACGACUGCUCUCAAGCAAAGGUACUUGCCUCUUGAGAAGGUGCGGUAUCGCUGUCGCCAAGGAUACAGCCUUCUUGGAGCUUUUACAGUAAAGUGUGUGAACAAAGAAUGGACAGAAUCACCAAGAUGCAUAGAUGCUGCAGGAAAAUGUGGUCCUCCACCUCCUAUUGAAAAUGGAGAAUUUCUGGGCCUGGCAAAUUCAGAAUAUAUGCCAGGGGCAUAUGUACAGUAUAAGUGCCAAACUUUCUACAAACCACGAGGAAUUCAAUAUGUACGAUGUGUCAACGGGCAUUGGACAGAUAUACCAACAUGCACAGUUCCUUGUACAGCAACCAAAGAAGAUAUGAAUCAAAACAAUAUACAGCUGAGGUGGAAAUCCGCUAAUAAAAUCUAUUCUGCAUCUGGAGACAAGACAGAGUUUGCCUGCAAAAGGGGCUUUCGGCCAGAUCCAUCCUCGCCUCCCUUCAGAGCCCCAUGUAGAGAGGGCAAGUUGGACUACCCAAGAUGUAUACCUGUAGCACCUUGUGGUAUCACAAAACAACAGCUAGACGCAAAAGACCUGCUCCUGCCUGGGAAGCGAAGACGGUCCCAGGUGAUUCAGCAUAACCAGUUCCUGCAGUUCCUGUGCAAGGAAGGACAUGUCAUCACAGCUCCUUCAGUCAGGAAGUGUAUCGAUGGGCACAUGGAUUUGCCAUCGUGUAUCUCUGAAAUUACUUGCCAAAAAGAAAACAUUGAUCAUGGAUAUAUACUAAACCCAAAGAAACUUUACAAAGAGGGGGACCGACUGCGCUUCUCAUGUUCUAAUGGGUACAAGCAUGCUGAGAGAUCGGAUGCUACAUGCACUCGGAAUGGGUGGAGUUCAAGACUUGCGUGCAUAGAAAUUGUCUGCUCCCCACCCCAAGUAGAAAAUGGAGACUUCCAUCCUAAGCAGAGUUACUAUGAAUAUCAAGACACAAUCGAAACACAGUGUGAGCCUGGCUAUCAGCUUCAGAACCGCCAAUCCCCUUCCAUGUGUACAGAGACGGGGUGGUCUCCUCCUCCGAUAUGUAUUCCAAAGAACUGUGACUAUAUUCGGAUUGAGAAUGGACAACUAUCUGAUACCUAUGAACGCUGGAAAGACUACUAUUUUCCAAAAAGGGUGGGACAAACAGUUGACUAUAGUUGCAGUUAUGGUUUUCUACCAAGAAAUAAAGAAACAUGGGGUAGAAGUUUAUGCACCAAUUUCGGCUGGAAUCCAGAACCAAAAUGCUUCAAAAUAUGUGAUAUUCCUAGACUGCUUGCACAUGUUACAUUCAAUACCCAUACUUGGCAGAAGUUCAUAGAAGGUGAUGAAAUUUCGUAUUCUUGUGAGGCUGGAUAUCAUCCUACAAAUCAACAAGCUAAGGCCGUGUGCACCAAAAAUGGCUGGUCACCUACUCCACGUUGUAAUGUAAAAAAAAUAUGUCAACUCGCGGAACCACCAAAUGGCUUUUUCACUGAAAGAAAAAACCGAUAUAAUUUGAAUGACAAAAUAUCAUAUCGCUGUCAGCCUGGCUUCACAACUCCACAAGGACUUGAAACGGGAGAUAUACAAUGCCAUGAAGGAGGGUGGAAGCCUGAACCAAAGUGUAUCCAGACAUGCCAAGUACCAACUCAAAAUAAUGUAAUCUUUAACACAAGUCAAUCGGUUUUCUUGUUUGAAGAAAUACUUCACUACAAAUGUAAAGAUGGGUUUGAAACCAUUAAAAAGGCCACAGCUGACCAUGUAGUAUGCACAGAGAAUGGAUGGAGUCCAAAUCCUGAAUGUCUACCAAUACAUUGUGAUGGUUUCCUUCUGGAGAAUGGGCUACUUGACCCUAGAAAGAACCAAUAUCAGCACGGAGACGUGGUGAAAUUUUCCUGCCGCGGAAACAACAAAAGAGUUGGGCCUGACUCUGCCCAGUGUUAUCAUUUUGGAUGGUCUCCACAGCCCCCAACGUGUAAAGCACAAGUCGAUCCUUGUCAGCCACCCCCCAGCAUUUCGGAUGGCAGUAUUAGCGGUGACCUUCGGGAAGAAUAUGAACAUGGAGAAAAGGUGGAAUACAAGUGUAAUUUCGGAUUUGCAAUGACUGGAUCAAAGUUGACUGAGUGUUUGGAUGGACAGUGGACAUCUUUACCACUCUGCAAAGAGGAAACCAGAGCUUGUGAAGUACCUCCAAAUAUUAGAAAUGGACGCCCUGUCAGUGUUGACUCAGAUAGAUAUCUGCAUGGCAAAACUGUGGCAUAUGAAUGUAAUGGAGGUUUUUUCAUUGUUGGAACUAUAGAAGCUGUGUGUCUGCAUGGGCAGUGGGAGUUACCAUCAUGUGUUGAUGUUGCAGCAAAAUGUACACGUCCACAGAAUGCAGAGUUUGUACCAUUUGCUUCUCUGGAGAAAAGUUUUAUGCACAACAACGUUGCAACCUACAUCUGUGGUUCCAAUCAACAUAAAACAAAAUGUGUUAAUGGAAAAUGGUCACCUGAGCCAGAAUGCACAGCAUUCUGUCCACCACCACCUCAGCUUCCCAAUGCCAUUGACAUAACUGAUACGAGAAACUAUAAGAGUGGUGAGGAGAUAAGCUUCAGAUGUCAGGAGAACUUCUUUCUUCAAGGGCCACAAAAAAUAAAAUGUGACAAUGGAAAGUGGCAAACCCCACCGCGCUGUUUAGAUACAACAUGUGGAGAUCCCCCUGCAGUUGCCCAUGGUGAGGUAAAUAAUAGUUCCCAGAGAAAGUAUCUUUCUGGUGAAAGUGUGGAGUAUCAUUGCCAUGAAGGUUUUGAACUUGGGGAAUCAAGUACUUCAACAUGCGAAAAUAGGGAGUGGUCCCCACCGCCAACUUGCAGAGAAAAGUCGUGUGGGGAGCCCCCCAGACUCACUGAUGCUGCAUAUGAAGGAUUAAUAAAAAAUCGCUAUGAGCCUGGGGACCUGAUACCUUUCAGCUGUGCACCAGGUUAUGCUACAGAAGGAUCACGGAAUAUUACAUGCCACAAAGGAAAGUGGUCGGAAGCUUCAACCUGUGAAGUUCCUUGUAUAGGAACCGAAGAAGAUAUGAAUCAGAACAAUAUCCAACUGAAGUGGAGAUACAGUGCAAAAUUAUAUACAGUAUCUGGAGACGUGACAGAAUUUGACUGCAAAUGGGGCUUUGGGCCAGAUCCAUCCUCUCCUCCCUUCAGAGCCUUAUGCAGAGAGGGCAAGUUGGACUAUCCAAGAUGUAUCCCUAUACGUUAA